UCUCACCUCCAAUCCUUAUCUUCACAUAGCCUCCACUCUGACAUAUGCUCACUUCCUCUCUCUCUCUCUCUCUCACCAUCCCCUCAACACAUCCACAACGUAGUUUCAAUUCCAGUUCCAUUCCUUAUACUUCAACCUCCAUGAGAUAAAUCAGAUAAAAGCUUCAGUAUACUUCCAAUUCCAUAAGUUUCUAUUCUUUCAAUUUCAAUUCAGUUUUUUUCUUUCAAAAACUUCAGUUUUCCAAUUUUUUUCUGAAUCCAAAAAGUUGGGCAUGGGCCCAGCCCAAAAAAACGAGAAAAAUAAAAAACCGCCCAAAACCGCUAACCGGCCGGUUUUCAACGGUUCGGCCGGUUCAACACCGGUUUGGGCGGUUCAACAACGGUUUUUCAUACAGACGGUUUUGCGAGUGUUUUGGACCGGCCAGGGGUCCGGUUCCCGGUUCAACCGGUCGAACCGGACGGUCCGGUCCGGUUUUUAUUACCAUGGUUCUAACAAUACAGAAGAGCUUAGCAGCGUUGAGAAGCGUGGAGAAGUUGAAGCCAGACGAAGAGGCAACAAACAAUGAUGGCACACAAAAUCCUCUGCAAACCAAGCUUCUUCAUCACUCUCAGACUCAGCGGAAUCACCAGCUAUGGUUCUUCACACCACAUUCACCAUCCAUUUUUCAACUCACCACCCUCUUCCUCUCUCAACAACACUCGCCCUCCACCCACACUUCAUUCCACAACCAGAACCAAAACCACCACCACCACCACCGUCACCGCCGCCGCCAUGGAUGGUUCAGCAAGAGGAUACCUGGAACUAACCGACGACGAGCUGAUGCGGCAGUGCGAGAUGGGCACCUUCAAGUCCUCCGGUCCCGGCGGCCAGCACCGCAACAAACGAGAAUCCUCGGUUCGCAUUAAGCACUUACCCACCGGCGUCAUUGCUCAGGCUUCUGAGGAUCGUUCCCAGCAUAAGAACCGUGCUUCUGCGCUGAGCCGCCUUCGCUCUCUCAUAGCUCUCAAAGUCAGGAAAACGGUGGAUCUUGAUGCUUACUCACCACCUCGAGAGCUUCUUCAGAUACUUCCUCCCAAGUCAUCCAUUAGAGGGUCGGAUAUUGGUUCACAAAUUGGACCUAAUAACUCAAAAUUUGCAAUGGGAAUGCAAGCUCUUUUGGAUCUCAUUUUUGCAGUUGAGGGAUCAAUCUCGGAAGCUGCAAAAUAUCUUGGGUUAUCUACUGGGGCACUGUCUCGGUUAAUCCUAUCUGAUGAUUCACUUAGAAUGGAAGUAAAUAGUCUGCGGGCAUCAAAGGGUAUGAAGCCACUCAAGUAGAAACUCUCGAAUUUUCAUUCCUCAAGCAGGGUUCUUAGCGGUAUGGGGUUCAUUUAUUUGCAGAAGAAAGUUAUUUGAACAUGGUGUUCUCCCCAUGGAAGAAUUGAGGUUGGAAAUGAAAAAUACAGAAGAUAAUGAGGGUGCAGGGUGUUGAUUUUUCAGCUUGUGGAGAAGAACCCAAUCUGCAUAACUCAUUGAGUAACGUUGAAUGAAGAUGGUUCUUUUAUGGUAAGGAAACAUCAAGAUGGGAACCUAAGAUAGAAGAUGCAGUUCACUGUAGAUUUUUUAAGGAAAAAUAGCUGGACAUCAAACUGGCCAUCUGGAAUACAAGAUGCAGAUAGUUGUAGUUUUAAUAAAAAGGAUUACAUUUAUCAAUAUUUUGAUUUUUUUUGGCAGGGUAUCCUCUGCUACUUUUCAUUCUUUAUUUGUUUCUACAGCAAGAUUUUUACUGAUCAAAUUGUUCUUGUAAUUCAAUAUUCUAAUGUAUUUCUUCUCCACUCACAAGAUGAAUAUACAUCACCAAUUUAUUGGAUAAGAAACAGACCUUCCAUCAUAUUCCCUUGGAUUGAUCUCUUUCAGUUUUACAA